AUGUGUGAUAGCGACUCAGGUCUAUCUAUAAGCAUGAAUGGGAGUCAAAAUGAUUCACCUACUCAAGGUCUCGUUUUCAUUAGGGUCAUUAUGCCAGAUGAGACCAGUGAAACUUUUAGUUUCAGUCCAACAGACCUUAUCGUGGACGUCAAACUCACAGCUAUAAAAAGAUCGAAUUCUUGCUUGAAGGAUGAAUUGAACUAUGGUCUUUUUCUUCCCCCGUCAAAAGGAAAAGCCGGAAAGUUCUUGCAAGAAGACAGAAUGUUAUUAGACUAUCCAUUUGAGAGUUCAGUUGGUCACUUAGAAUUGAAAUAUAAACAACGCGUGUAUCGUGUUUUGAAAACAAAUGUGAAUAAGCUCCGUAAAAUAAACACUAAGGCAAAUUUUCGUCAGUUUAUUGAAUAUGUCAAGGUGGGUGAUGUAGAUAAAGUUAAUAAAUGGUUAAAUAAAGGACUGGACCCAAAUUUCCAAUGGAAACCAAACGGAGAAACUCCACUCACCAUGGCUGUACAAUUGGAAAAACCAUAUGAAAUGGUUAUGGCUUUAGUGGCUGGCGGAGCACACUUAGACUAUCGGGCAUCAGAUAGUAUGACACCGAUUCAUCGUGCUUCAGAGAAAGGCAAUUAUGAAGCUAUUAAGGUACUUCUCGAUCUUGGUCAAUCACCGAAUACACGAGAUAAGGCAGAUUUAACACCAUUAUAUUACGCAGUGUUGAACAACACAAUAUCUUUAUGUGUUGAACGAUUGCUAUUCGAUCAUUCUCCUCUUGGAAUAGCAGACGAAGCAGGACUACAAGAAAUACACCAGGCAUGUCGAUUUGGUCGUGUACAGCAUUUGGAAAUUUUACUUGCCUAUGGUGCUGAAAUUAAUGUACAAACAUCAAAAAACGGCAACACUCCACUUCAUAUAUGUGCCUACACCGGGCAAGAAUCCUGUGCUCGGAUGUUGCUAUUUCGAGGUGCUGAUAAAAAUAUAAAAAAUUUCAAUGGACACACAACUUAUGAACAAGCGAUGAUUUCUAAUCACAUAGAAGUAGCAGAUUUAAUUAAAGGUUUUCAUGAACAAGAUGUUGUUCCAAUUCGUAAUUAUCUAAAGCGUAAUCUUCGUCGCAGAUCAUUUUCACGUAUACGGUCACAGCAAAGGUGUUCUAGUAUGGGGCGACUGAAUGAAUUCUCAAAGCAAAAUGGAACAACUGAAGUAGAUGGAUUACCUGAAUUUGAACAAGAUCAUUGCAAUACACUUAAAGGGAACCGUAUGAUAAGAAAUAAUACAUGGAUGAAUACUAGUAUAAGUGGUUAUCAGUUAAAUUCUAUGGUAUCUGAUUCCAUAGAUUUUGAUGACAAUAAAAAUUACGUGGCAGUGCCUGAUGAUCAGAACAAUAAUUUAAACCAAUCUAGAUCUGCAUAUAAUCUCAAUAGACUAUCGAAUGGUAUGAAUCAGAAGUGCCAUAAUCCUAAUGACAUAGUUUAUCCUAACUAUUCAGCUACCAUGAGACCAUCCCAAAGUCGUCGUACAGGACGUUCGUCAACACCAGCAGCACCUCGUAUAGCAAGUGAAUCCUUCAAAACAACUAAUUUACAGGACCGACACAGUACAUAUCGCCCAAGUUUAGAUCCAGCAUGGAUAUCUCAAACAAAUGAAAGUGGCUCAGAAACAGCAUCUAUUUUUAGCGUUAGCUCUUCUAUGCGGACUCCAUCCACGAAUAGUGUUAGGAAUGGAUCAGCGAUCUUGCAGUUGUUAUUAGCAAACCGUGACAAUAUUGCGGAUUUGGAUACCACCAACUUGCCUAGAAUGAUUGCUCUUCAAAGAGGUUCGAAUGGCUUUGGAUUUGUUGUACGAGGUAAAAAAGGAGUAUCCGGGAAUUUUACACCAUCUCUUGAGUGUCCAGCAUCACAAUACCUUGAAAAAGUUGAACCGCAUAGUGCAGCAAGUAGGGCAGGUUUGAAAGCAGGUGAUUUUAUUUUAGAGGUAAACAAUAUCAACGUUACUACAAUGUCACAUGAAGCUGUUGUCUCACUUAUUAGAGGUUCCAGUGAUAUUUUAGGUUUAAAAGUGAUAACUGUAGACUCUGAUCAAAUCAAUUCAACUCCCAAAUUAUCACAUCAAUCAGUAAAUAGUAACAGAUUUUAUGAAUCUUCAGACAACAUUUACAGUUCAAAAAUAAAAAAGUCCAAUUAUGAGGAUAAGUUUUCAAACAAAUAUUGUGUCUCUGUCGAAAAUGAUUGGCCUAGGAGCACUGAAAAUGCUUAUAAAACUGUUUGUAGAGACUCAUUUCAUAGAAAUCAGAAUAAUCUUUCAAUACAAUUAGAUAACUCAACAAAUAAAUCUUCGACCAAUGACUUUAUUUUUGGAGAAAAAUUAAAGUCUCUUCGACUAGAGCCCAGUUCAUCAGUAUCCUCAAUGACCUCACCUUCAUAUAGAACUCCAGCCCCACCACCAUUGUCAAGUAAACCAGUUCUAACAACUGGAACUUUAUCUAAAAGUGGAUUCCAAAAUGGACCAAAUGAUAAUAAAAAAGCAGAAUCUAAUCUGCCUAUUAUCUUAAAGUCCAGGCCAACACACUCAGAAAAAGUUUUCGAUUCUGUAAGUAAACCUGAAAAUUCCUUGUCCUUUGAUCAUCCACCUCCUCCAACUGCACCUCCUAUAUCUUCUAACAGCUUUAAUUUAAUACCAUCUCCACCGCCACUAACGAAAAUUUCAAAUAAAACGUCUUCCAAUAUAAACUCUGAAUCGCCAACAGGAAUUCUGAAAAAGACAUCACAUGAUAAAUUUUCAGAAAGUACUAAACCGUCUAAAAAUUUAGAAGAUACUCGGAACCAGGACAUUUGGUCAGAUCAGCUCUUACUCCCUCCACCCCCUCCUCCAGAGGAAUUCGAACUAAAUGUUACUGAACCGGCGACUCGGCAGUCUAAUUGCCAGCAGAAUACUAAUGGUUAUGAUAUUAACAAUCAUACCUCUUACAAAACCUUUUCAUCAUCACAAACUGCUAAGAAAACAUCUUUUGAAGAUAACCUUAGAAGGGCGGUAGCUGAACGCCGUCGUCUGAUUGAAAUGGCUUCUGGAGAGGAUGACCAUGAUUCUGAAUCAAUACCUAAUAAAAGCUAUCAUAGUACAACGUAUACUGAGAAUAACACAAGACCUUUAAAACAGCAAGGAGAAAUUGUUUCAUCAAACGAAAAGUCAUUUAAAACAGCUCCAGAAAACCCACAUGUUCAGGCAUUAUCUGGUAUUUUACCAACAAACAGCACUAUUCCUCCUCCGGAAAAUUUUAAAGAUUUUGAUAACUCCAUCAAUAAAGUUCCUUGUAAUACGGAAAUAAACAUUAAUGACAAGGUUCAGAUAGCAACUAAACCAAAGUUUCCAAUAAUGCAAUCAUCUUUUACCAAAACUUUAAACAAAACCCAAGGUUCAAGAAAUGUUGAACAAGGUAAAUGUAAUUCGGUAAAUUCAUUGACAAAUUACACAACCAAUAUCAGUUGUAACGGUGCACAUAAAGCUGAUGUGUUGCGAGAGAUCUCGACAUUUAAACAGAACAAUGUUACCGAAUCGAAAAUGAAUUCUGGAAAAUCUAUUGGUUAUCCUAGAUCCACAACACCCUCAUCGUUUCAUUCAUCACCUUAUUUUAUUUCCGAAGUUCCUAAAAUAAUGUGGUCUACUAAAUAA